UGUUGCAGUGGUGUGGUGUGUGUAUUUACAUUCAUUGUAGUGAUGUCAUUAUCUUGUUUUAGGGUGUAGCAGUUCUGUAUUCGCUGGUGUAGACACAGUAAAAGUAGAAAAUAUUGUACAAGUAUUAUCAAAUUUAAAAUAUAUGCUCAAAACAAAGAUAUACAGAAACAGGGUCAGGAUUAUAUAUUUCAUUGCAUUUAUCUCUUUGUUAUACAAUGAGUAUCUCAGUUACACAAUGCACAGAUAUGUUCUCUGGCCAAAUCUUACCUGUGAGAGAUCUCACGAGUGUGUCAGCAUUCUCUUUGUUGCUGAUCCACAAAUUAUUGGUGAACAAUUUGAGAUGCCAUUUCCUAUUGGGACCUUAGCUCGGUGGGACUGUGACAGAUAUUUACGUAACACAUUCACAAGGGCAGUUUCUCAAAUGCAACCUCAUGCAGUCAUUUUUUUGGGUGAUUUGAUGGAUGAGGGAAGUGUGGCUACAAGAGAAGAGUAUCAGCGAUACAUUGAGAGAUUUUUCAACAUUUUCCACUCACCUCAAGAGAUUCAGGCAAUUUACAAUCCAGGUGACAAUGACAUUGGUGGUGAAGAUGACAGUAUAACAGAACAAAAGCUGCAAAGAUAUAAACUGACUUUUAGUCAGCCUGAUCAAAUUGACAUUAAAAACAUUACUGUAUAUAAGGUGAACAGGCUGCUGUAUACAUUUCCACAGCCCGAACUGCAUACCAAGAGCCUGACUAGCAAAAUGUCUAUUAUUGCUUCACACAUGCCACUCUUGUUUACACCAAAUGACUUUGUGAGAAAGGUUGUUAAAAAGCUAAAGCCAGAAAUAAUUUUCUCGGCUCAUGAUCACAAAUCAUUGCAUACAACUAUGCAUAUAUUGAGGCCAGGUGAUGACACUGUUAUACAAGCUCUGCUUCCAAGUAGUGGUCCGGUUUGGAAAUUUUUUCUACAGACGGAAAUAAUACAAGAAAUAAUGGUGCCUACAUGUUCAUACAGAAUGGGAGUGCAGGAUGUAGGCUAUGGUGCUGCCUUGUUUGAUCUCACAGAUAAUACUGUUCUUUACACCGUGCUUUGGCUACCAUAUCGUUUUUAUCACAUCAUAUCUUACAUACUGCUGCUAUUAUUAAUAAUUUUCAAUCUCUCAUUAUCUGUGGUUGCUAAGACAUAUAGAAGAAUAUCAAAUGGAUUUAAGUCUUGCCGGUUUUCACAUGUUUAGAGAAGAUUAUAAAUUUAUUUUCUUUACGUGCACCAUGAUAUAGCAUGAGUUCUUUUAAACUGCACCAGUUUUGUAAGAACCAGGUAGCAAUAAUAUCGUAACAUCAUUUUUAUGUUGAAAAUGCCCAUAUAAUCACUAUUUGUAAAUGCAUUCUGGUCAUUUGAAGGUAUCAUGUUUUGUGACAUCCUUCAGUUUCAGUAUUUUUCUCUUUUUUAACAAUGUAUUGUUACUGUAUAGAUUUUAUAAAGCAUUCUGCCUGCAUGAGCUAUCUACUCCAGUAUUAAUACUACUCCUCCAUGCCCCAUUUGUAAGAUUACAUUGGAUAGACUGUAUAAUUUCUAAUUCUCUGUUUAAAGUUUCUGUGUUUUCAUGUGUUUGUGUCAUGUAAGAAUACAGGGUUCAAUAACAUUUUUAAUGAGCACAAUUCAGAACACCUACAGUUAGAGUAUUUCUUUUUCUUUCACCCUUUUUCUAUUUUUCUCCAGUCGUGCAAGAACCAAACAAAUCAGUGCAUUAAACAGUAGAUUAACUAAAUGAGAAAAAAACAUAAAAUAAAAAAUAAAGGAAAUACUGUCAGAUUAUAUCAUUUGUUCAUUUGAGGGAACUAUAUUUCCUUUGAGUUAUAUACUGCAAUUCACCAACUGCUAUUUAUAAAGUAAUGACUAAGUACAAAGUGAAAAUUCUAGGUUAUGUACAAAGUUAAUCCCAUAAUUUUUUUUCUGAUCAGUUCCUAAUUUUCACGACUUGGCUGUUUCCAUGUCGUAAUGUGGUGAAUUUAUAUUGUAUGGUAUCAAUGAAAUGACAUAUCCAGUAUUAUUAUAAUGUAAGAAAGUUUUAUAAAUAUUACGAAUAAUCUAUUGAAAAUGUAUGUACACUAAUUUUGAUUUUAGGUUGACAUAUGUCACUGCAGGCGAAAGAUUGCCACAUUGUACUUAUACUUUACUCAUCAACAGUUGAGUAUUCUAACUGUGAAAUAACAUUUGGUUCAUUAUUAAUUUGGCUUAUCAAUUUCUCUCUACUUGCUUUGUUUCACAACAGCAAAGCUAUCCAGUUUUAAAGUAUGUGGAAUCCUGCCAAGGCUGCUUAAGGCCUUUCAGAUAUUUGAUUUGAUAAAUGUAUUUUGAAAGCAUGAUUUGACUGUAGUGCAGCAGCAACUAAUAGUUGUAGUUUGGUUAUUAUUGUAUUCCAGAACAUUUUUUUGAGUAGGGCUUGUAAAAAUUCUUGCCCUCACUGCAUUUUGUUUUCAGAGCUUUCCCUAAUAAAUUCCAACAUGUAGAUAUUGACUGGACACCAAUUUGAUUCUUAUGUUUCUCAAUGCCUUGUUUCUGUACUACAGUGUUAUAGCAAUUCAUGAAAUAUAUUCAGACAAAUAAAGAGCAUCCACUUGUCCUCAAGAGAGCUGAUAAUGUCUGAGAAAUUGCUAAUGACCAAAGUAAAUAUUUACAUGUAGUUAAUACUUCAGUUUCUGUACCCUUUGUAGCCUGUAUGUGACAGAAUUCCAGAUAUUUUUACCAUCCUUUAAGUAUUAUUUGCAAAGAGAAAACACAUUUUUGAAAUAAAAAAAUUCUUCUUUAAACUAACAAUAAAGUAAAAUACACUUGCUUUCAGUUUAGCACAGGAACUGUGCAGGACUUGCACAAAAACAUGGAAAAACAAAAAAAUCAGUACAUUAAGAUGCCUAUUAUGGUGUAGGAAACCCAUUGGCUUUCAAAACAACUUCCAGUUAGAAUGGAUAAGUACAGACCCGUAUGGUUUUUAAGGGCAUUAUUCCUGCAAGUUCAGUUACCAGUGAUGGAGGUGGAUAGUGAUCAUACAUCCUUUUCUCCAAAGUAGAUUACAAUGCCUCAAUUAUAUUGAGAUCUGAUCAAGUGUUGUGACCAGGGGAGUUGUGACAGUUCAUUUUCAUGCUCACAAAGCCAGUCCUGGACAAUGCAAGCUGUGUGAACAGAGGCCCAAUCCUAUUGGAACAUAGCAUCAUUCUCACUGGGGAACAAACAUUAUAACAAGGGGUGGGCCUGAUUCACCAAAAUGUCCACAUAACCCUUGGCAGUAAUGCAACCGUGCACAGUAAUCAGGGGGCCCAUGGAACAACACACUAUGGCUGCCCAUAUCAUCGCUGAACCCCCGCCAUCUUUCACUUUUGGGGUUAAAUUUCACCAUAAGUUGGAAACAGUGUCAAAAAAGACUCAUACGACCAAAUGACUUUCUUCCAUUGCCCCACAGUCUACAUUUUAUGGCUUCAGCAUCACUUUUUUGUGCUAUGGGCAUUUGCAUCACUGAUGAGUGGUUUUGGCAUUCCAGUUUUGUCCUGAAAUUCCCUGCUUAUGGAACCCCCUUCACAUUUUUGCGCCAACAGGUUUUUGCGAUUGCAGUACUUUGCAGCUGUUGUCCUCUUAUUUUUUGUCACAUUUCUCUCCAGUGACUAUUUGUUACAAUCACUCAAUACACUCUUUCAUCCGCAUUGUAACUUAGCAGAUGACUUUUUUCCACUUCCCGUGUGUGCAGCAGUGACUAUUUGUUACAAUCACUCAAUACACUCUUUCAUCCGCAUUGUAACUUAGCAGAUGACUUUUUUCCACUUCCCGUGUGUGCAGUAUAAAUUUUCGCUAUGGUGACCCUUGAAACACAAAACAUGUCAGCUCCAUUGGUUGCAGAAGCACCAACAACACGCCCACAUUCAAAUUCACUUAGCCCCAAUGUAAUCCACUCGCAACUACACAGAACAUUGUUCUGGCCAUGAAUGACACUUACAAUGUACAGGUACUCUUCAUGGUCAAAUACAACAGUGCAACCUGCA